AUGGAUUUGGUGAAGGACCCGCAGGUUCCUGCUCACCUGGCAGCCAAGUAUGAGGCUCGAGCUGACCAUUACUGGGACCUCUUCUACCGUCGAAAUCAGGACCGGUUCUUCAAGGACCGCCACUACUUUGAGGCAGAGUUCCCGCAGCUGCUGGCCGCGCGCACGGUGCUGGAGGUGGGCUGCGGCGCGGGCAACACAGUGUUCCCGCUGCUGGAGCUCAAUCCAGGAGCAUCCAUCUACGCCUGCGACUUUGCGCCCUCGGCGGUGGGCCUGGUGCGGGCCCACCCGGCAUAUGCCACCACCGCCGGCAGGGUCCACGCCUUUGUGGCCGACAUCACAGCCGAUGACCUGACGGUCCAUGUGCCGCCGGGCUGCGUGGAUGCUUGCACGAUGGUUUUUGUGCUGUCGGCCAUCGCGCCAGAGGCCAUGCCGCGCGUGCUGCGCCGCGUGGCACGCACGCUGCGCCCCGGCGCCCAGCUGCUGUUCAGGGACUAUGCGGCGGGUGACCUGGCCGAGGAGCGGCUAAGCAGCCAGGGGCGCCAGCAGCAGCUGGGCCCCAAUUUCUACGUGCGCUGGGACGGCACCCGCGCUUUCUACUUCACUGAGGUCUGUGGCUGGCUGGGUGCAUGCUGA